AUGGCACGUGGAUUAACCAAGAACGACUCCAGUGUUUUGGCGGCUCUGUUCGACCCAGAAUCAUCGUUAACUAGCACUGUCGAAAUCGACAACAAUAUUCCAACCUCUUCGCCAAGCAGACUGAAGCCGCUCCAGGAACAAGAACUUUUUGCCCUCAACUCAAUAAACCACGACCAACCUCAACCGAACGAGAUCGAACUUGCAGUAUCGAGAUUGACAGCCAUCAUCGAAAGCGACGGCUCCUACGCAUCAGCAUGGAACAAUAGAGCACAAGCGCGCCGGAUGCUCAUAGCCGACGAAAAGCUGUCUGAAAACCCAGCGAGCGUAGCCGAGAUCUUUGAAGACCUUGCGCAAGCUAUCUUAUUGACGACCCCGACGCAAGCAAAUACGGCCCUCUCUACGAUGGAUGCGAGAACCCUCGCAUCAGCACAUACCCACCGAGGAUAUCUGUUGCUCCUGGCAAGUAAGUCCGAGGAGAACCGGAAAAUGCUAGCGAACGUGCGGGGCCUAGAUGAACUAUCAAAACAGGACCUUGAGGAAGCCGCGAGUCGAGAACUUGCAAAGGGGGGACGAUAUGGCAACGAGACGGCCCGCCAGCUCGCGGUCAAGACGAAUCCAUACGCCAAGCUCUGCGGAUCCAUCGUCAGGGAGGCCAUAACGAAGGAGAUUUCGGACUUUCACCACACACAGAUCCACCCGGCAGGGUAUUAG